ACUCGGAGACUUCUACUUCGAGGGAUGAAUCGAGGCGACAACGUUCCUCAGUGAUCAGGUGAUCGAAUUGCGUCACGGAUUCUCUUCAACCAAGCGGAACUCUCGGCAGGACGGCACUGGCUGAAUGAGAAAAAACAAAGUUUGAUCCGAGGAAGGAGAUAUUCAUCUCACUCUGACAGGGAAAAUGCCAGACAGCACGGGUCAAGUUCAGGAGGAGUACAUCUCGAAAUUGUCGCACCUAGAGAGCAAAAUUGCGGGUGACACAUUCAUUCAGACAUUUUCGAAAAACAGCGAAUUGCUCAAGAGCAUGUGCGGGAUGGCUCUAGUCUACGAAAACCGGAUGAAACAAUACACGAAGGAGAUAAAGACAAUACUCUCGGACCUGAAACGAGCGGGCGGCUUCCGCCUGGAGCACUCUCUCAUCGGAGGCUCGUGUGGCUGUCAAUGUCACGCAGAAGACGACGAGGAUGGAGAGAUGCAUUCGAAUGGUCGAAAUGGGAAACGAGGAGCGUCAGAUGCCGGAACGCAGACUGAGGCCCAGCAAUCGACGGAUUUCUUGCCUCCACAGGGAUCCCAGAUGACCGUGGGCGAUAUGCUGACGCAAGCCGCGCAAGACGUGUGUCCCGGAGGAGCGAACAAUGAUUAUGUAUACAACGAGCAAUACCACAUGUAUUUCUCGCAAUCCACCGGCUACUACUGGGACCCAAAAACCAAGUUAUUCUUCCAACCCACAACUGGGACCUACUUCAAAUACGAGGAAGAUACGCAGAGUUACACUGUGGUGGACCCACCUACGCUUUCGAAAGACAAAGACCGUCGGCGAAGGAGUCGUUCGCGAGAUCGACGAAGACGACGAUCGAGGAGUCGAUCGAGGAGCAGGGACAGGGAACGUCGCAGGAGGAGGAGUCGCUCGAGACAAAAACGCAGCAGCUCCAGAAGCCGUAAAGAUCGUGACCGAAGCCUUUCUAGGGAAGACAGACGCAGGAGUAGCUCUAGAAAGAGGAGACGAUCUCAUAGUCUCGAUGAGGGCGAACUCCUAUCAGAAGACGAAUCCAUAGAGAUGGCUAUCCUCAGUGAAGACGAAGGGCCCAAAAUUACCACCUCGUACCCUCCAUGCAUACGCUUCGUUGUAAAAAAGUCUCAGAAACUUCAAAUCAACUCUGUACAAAUCAUCCCAUUCCCCGGGGGGAUUCUGGGCGCUCCGCUCAAAAGUGAUCUCUGCGUUCCUGACCAAGGAAUCGGUAAACGACAUUGUAACAUUUAUUUCGAAGCCGAUUCUCAACAAUACAAGCUGGAGCAGCUGGAUGGCAACAACGGUACACGAGUGAAUGGGAAAGCGAUCAAGAAGGGAGACAUUCAUGAUCUGGUGCAUAUGGAUCGUUUCGAGUUCGGGGAAGCCACCUUGCUGGAAGCUCACGUCCACGAUAACGGCGAAACCUGCGGUAACUGUGAGCCGGGUCUUCUGCAGAGAAGAGCUGAAGAAGAUGCUCCCAUCUCGAAUCCCGCGGCAAAAUCUGUGAAUAGCGAGGCCCAACGCCGGAAAAAUCUCAAAGAUUUGAAAAAGCAGUAUGGACUCGUUGACGAUGCAUACGCCGAGCCUCGUUUAGACUCGCAACAGUACGCGGAUCGAGCAGGCGAACGUCGAACCAAAGUGGGAUCGGACUUUCCGCAUGAGAGAGAUGCAGCACCUUCUGACGUGAACAUACCCGUGGAGCAGACAAAUCGUGGCUUCAAGAUGCUACAAGGAAUGGGCUGGAAGGAGGGGGAAGGUUUAGGGAAGAGCAAGCAAGGAGAAACAGAGCCGGUCGCUGUUCAGAUGAGGAACGAGCGCGCAGGUCUGGGCACAGAAGAUGCGAACCGCACCGAUGAAAAAGGCGAGCGCUGGCGGAAAGCCCGUGCUCGGUACAAUAACAUCAGAUGAGGGAGAGCAGUCCUCCCCGCGGGAUCCGAAAACGCGUAUUUUCGUAACCCAGCCUAUGCGUCAUCAAAUGAACGCACUUCGUACCACAGAUGUUAUGAUCAACAGUUUUUCUCUUG